AUGUCCAAGCUUCCAAGGUUUCCAAGGUUCAUGACGGCGCGAAGAUCCGACCAAGUGUGCGUGAGCGAUCAGGUAGAAAGGUAUCUAUUGAGGAGGAAUAUCUCUAAAAAGAACCUUGAAAUCGAAAAGAUGAGAAAUGAUGCUUAUGCCAUGCGAUACGAUACGAUACAAUACGAUGCACCGAAUUGUACAACGCACAAAAAUAUUCAUCAAUUAAUUUCGUCAUGCGACUCACCAUGA